UCCUUUUCAUUUAUCAUAUUCUCUUAAUAUGUAGGCGUCUCUGUCGUAGGCACAAAACUACAAAAUUGUAGUUUAGUGCAAACACUAUUUUGAAUUUCUAAUUUUUUAAAGUGACAACGUUGCGUAUAAUAAUCGCAUGUUUGAAUUUGGAAGCAUGCGCACAAAUAAACUCUUGCUUAUGUCCUUCUUAACUUCUUAGAGAACAUUGCCUGUAAUUUUUAUGAAAUUGCCAGAGAUUUCUUCAUCUACAUGAUUUACUGUAAAAAAGGAAAAAGUGAUUUCGUCUACAGAGAUUUAUAUCUGUGAUGGUCAACAUCAAAAUCAAUUAUAUUUCUCUCUUUUUAAUAUGUUUUUGAUGUCUCCACGAUUGUUAAUGGUAAUUAAUCAUGAAAUUCCGAGCUUUAAUUCUGGAACAACCGGCCAUGAGAGACUUUCUGACUGUGGCGAUCAGUUUAUCCAAGUUCUCGAAAGAAUGUGUUAUGAGACUUACACAAAGAAGACUCUACUUCAUAAUAUCAGAAGAUGAUUUUGGACCUCGGAAGCCACUGGUAUGGUGUGAGCUGCCAAUUCAUUUUUAUUUUAAUGAAUAUAAUGUUGUUGGUGUAAAUGAUGAAUACAAUGAAAUAUACUUGGAGUUCUCAACAAGUUUACUUUCUAAUUCCCUAUCGGUGCUAAAGCAGAAUUGUAAAUCAUUAAAACUCAAAUUAACAAAUAAAGAAUCUCCUUGCUUAACCCUAGAAAUUGAUUUGUUGGCCACUGAAAUGAUCAACAGACACUGUGUUUAUGAUAUACCUGUUGAAGUUAUUGGUAGAAAACACUGGUCUAGUUACAAACAACCUCAAUACGAUGAUUUCCAUGUUACAAUAGAGAUGCCUUGCAUGAAGUCGAUUAAGAAUAUCGUUGAAAGAAUGAAGAGCAUUAGUCAGUCAAUUACUGUGAGUGCUAAUAAAAGUGGACGGUUGACACUACAAAUAUUAACAACUGCUGUGACAUUAUCAGCACACUUUCCGGAUCUAAGUGUACAAAGUUUUGCUGGUGGCCACGUUGUUACUCACCACACCAAUAACGAUGAAGAUGAAGAAAACGAGGUUGUGUGCUGUACAAUCGAUAUUAAAAAGUUUCUCAUGUUCUUAACAGGAAUGCAACUAAAUAAUUGCAGGGCAAUAUGUAGCAUCGUUCACGAAAAAAUGGUGAAAUUGCGAAUGGAGCAGCCUGGAGCAAUGAUUUUAGAAAUAUAUUUACCUGAAAUGUCUCUGUGAUCCUUUUCUUAAAAUAAAACAUGUUUUUUAA